UCAAGUCCUUUCACAUAUAUAGAGGAGUACUACUCUGUCACUCUGUCUAUAAAUGUGGCGUCGCAGUUCUUGAUCUGACAAAGACAAUUUUAGAAGAAGAAGAAGAAGAAGAUAAUGGGGGAGAGUCGCGGCAGCAUCGCCUUCUUCACGACGUACCGCCCAGCGGUGCCACUGGACAUCUUCUCGUGUCCCGCCACUCCCUCACCGGACGACGAGCUGUCGCUCACCGACGGCGUCUCUUACAACCAGAACGGCCGUCCCAUCCCAGCGGCGGCGCUCAAGGAGCUCCUCACCUUCCUCGGGAAAAAGAACCCCGGGCUCGCCGCGGAGUGCGGCGCCACGCCGGACGACGCCGGGAAGGGCCGGGUCGCCGGCCUCCUCUUCGUCUCCGAGAGAGACAACGGCCUCGAGACGCUGCACGUGGCCCUGCGCUGCACGGCCUCUGGGGCCGGCGGUGGCAAGGCGGCGGUGAAGGUGCUCCGCCUCGCCGACGUGUACGGCGCCGACGCCUUCGGCGGUGUGCGCAUGGAGGACAGCGGCUGCGUUGCCGGCGGCUUCGACGGCGUCGGCCACUCCCUGGUCUACGUCUCCACCAAGGAGCCCGCCAAGAAGCGCCGUGCGCCGUGGACCGUCGUGUACAAGACCAGCCUCGCCGACGGCAAGACCGAGCGCCUCACUCCACCAGGUCAGUAUGAUCUGAGCCCCGCGGUAUCACCGUCCGGGAAGAUGGUGGCAGUGGCCAACUUCCGAUGGAACCAGUGGACCGGCGAGAUUGAGCACCUGAAGACUGACAUUGUAGUCAUGAACGUGGACAGGCGGGCGCAGGGUGGGCUGCGGCGCAAGAUCCUCAUCAGGGACGGUGGCUGGCCGACGUGGGGCAGCGACAACAUCAUCUUCUUCCACCGAGGAGUCGACAAAAUGCUCCCCUCAGGUAUGGUUCAAACAGAUUGGGGCGUGUUCCGGUAUGACAUCACCACCAAGGAAACCAUCCGGGUGACACCGCUGGGGUUCGACGCGGUAACUCCGGCGGCUGUCAACGAAACCACGGUGGUCGUGGCCACCAUCCGGCAGAAGUCUGAGAAAACAGGCGCGCACCGAGAAGUGGCGGAGUAUCGCCAUAUCGAGAUAUUUGAUGUCACCGCACCUUACAAGCCAGUGCAAAUAACCAUCAAAAGCAGGCCAGAAGUUGAUCACUACAACCCUUUCAUUCUUCACGGUGGCAACUGCGUUGGUUACCACCGCUGUAGAACCGACAAUCUACUUGAGAACAAUGGAAAUGAUGGUGUCCAAAGAAACUUCCACAAGCUGCAAUCCCCACCGUCGCACGCGGGCGUGGGUCUCUUUAGGGUAUCCGGUGUGUUCCCAACCACCUCCAAGGAUGGCUCCAAACUCGCAUUCGUCGAUAAUAACUUCAAAGCCGUGUGGCUCGCAGACAGCCAUGGUAUACGCCGUGUAUACGAGAUGAGGGGUACCAACAGCAUCUUCUCAACAUCAUGGAACAAAAACCAAGACAGGGACACAUUGUACGUGUGUAUAGGCCCAUCCUUCUCGGCCGGCAAACCGCUCGAGAUCUACGCCAUCUCCAACGUGUCUGGGCCGCGCGGUGGUCGAAAGGUGGAGCGCCUCACGGAUGGGCAUUUCAACAACGCCUUCCCGUCUAGCAACCAUGACGGGACCAAGUUCGUGUUCCGGUCGACGAGAGACGGAGGGGCGGAGCUGCACAAGAACCUCUACAUCAUGGAGGACGCGGAGGUCGGGGAGUUCAGCGAAGGCACGGUGAGACGACUGACCAAUGGGCCGUGGACCGACACCCAUUGUAGCUGGUCUCCAAAGAACGACUGGAUCGUCUUCUCCUCCUCCCGUGACAAGGCGGCCGGCGCGCCAAAGAGGGACAUCCUAGACCCGGGCUCCUUCGCCGUGUUCAUGGUCAUGGCGAGUGAUCCUACGGUGGUGGUGCGGGUGAUGAAGAGCUCAGAUAGUGUCGCCGGGCACGUCACCCACCCGAUGUUCAGCCCGGACAUGAGAAGCAUCGUCGUCGCAGCCGACCUCGCCGCUGUCUCCACGGAGCCCAUCUCGAUGCCGCAGUUCUUGCACUCUGUCAGGCCCUACGGCGACAUCUUCUCCGUCGACCUUCGUGACACGGACGACAUGAGCAAGAACAAGGACAUCAAGGAGUUCCACCGCAUCACGCACAGUCGGUACGAGUAUGCCACACCAGAAUGGACAAGGUUUGCCACCGACGACCCACAUGCACAGUGGAAGGGCAUGCUCGUCGACAAUGGCAGCCUCGCUUUUGGGGCGGCAUGCCCGCGGUAAACGUUCCACACUUUGACGGACAAACAAGAGAGCUGCUGGCACGACCACAUGUCACCAUCCAAUGCAACUAGUCUAGGCGCGCUUCCAUAUUGUUUUUUAGUAUAUCCAUUGUCGACCUAAAACAUUUUGCUUCCAACCAUAUUUGUUUUUCAUAGUUUGCUUCCAUGAGUAUUUUGACUAUUGAGACUUCUUUUAGUAUAUUCUUUGUAAUAAUAUUGGUCGAGAAUAUAAUUAUUUCAGCAAAUAA